AUGACCUGCGAGCCGCUGCGUGGCUCAUGCUCUUGUGGCCGUAAUGAAUACCAAAUUAACAUUCCGGACGAUGUGACAGACCAUGCGGAAGUGUACUUUGACAGCAGCCGAGACAACCGUCGAUUCCACGGCACCCCUCUUUCCGCUUGGCUCCGCGUGCCUCUGGACUGGUAUCAGUCAUCCACUCGCUCGUUCUAUGAGGAUGAAUCCCACUCUGCUAUCCGUCGCAGUUUCUCACCCCGCCAUGCGCCCAAAACCCAGCGCGUGUUCUGCGGCUUCUGCGGCACGCCUCUGACAUUCUGGACGGAGGAACCGUACCAUGAGUCCGAAUUUAUGUCCAUCGCGCUUGGCAGUCUUCAUGUGGAGGAUCAGCGCGCACUGGAUGAUCUCGGUUUGCUUCCCGAUGACUUCGAGGAAGAUGCCCCCAGCGCCGGUGUUGCAACUUCGUCGGAGAUAGCACCCGCUCGAACCGGCUCCUCGGUCAUCGUCCCAUCAUUCGAUGAUCCGACAGACUUUUCUGAUAUUUCACGAAGCUUACAGCGCGGCCGGACCGGUGGAAUUCCCUGGUUCGAAGAAAUGAUGGAAGGCAGCCGUUUGGGUCGCUUGAUGCGCUCACGGCGUGGCAUGGGAAUCAGUGAUGACCAGACGACUUCGAUACAGUGGGAGUUUAGUGAGUGGCACGACGAUGGCACUGGUGGAGUCGUGCAACAGGACCCAGACUCAGGUGUCCGUUCAAGAGGCAAGAGAAAGCGGGUGGUGCAGGCAGACACCGAGGGCGAGUCGCCAUCAAAACGGGCCGAGUAG